CUAGGGCGACGGCAGCGGUUUCCCUGAAAUGAGCGGAGGACGCUUGAGGGAGCACACAGGAAGGCGGGGCGGCGAGCGGACCGGCGGUGAAGAUGACUGUGUUCUUUAAAACGCUUCGAAGUCACUGGAAGAAAACCACAGCUGGAGUCUGCCUGCUGACAUGGGGAAGCCAUUGGCUCUACGGAAAACACUGUGAUAACCUGCUGCGCAGAGCGGCCUGUCAGGAAGCUCAGGUGUUCGGCAAUCAACUCAUCCCUCCCAAUGCGCAGGUGAAGAAGGCCACUGUCUUCCUCAACCCCGCCGCUUGCAAAGGCAAAGCAAGGACUCUGUUUGAAAAAAAUGCUGCCCCGAUCUUGCACUUGUCCGGCAUGGAUGUGACCGUCGUCAAGACAGAUUAUGAGGGCCAGGCCAAGAAACUGCUGGAGCUGAUGGAGAACACGGACGUGAUCAUUGUGGCUGGAGGCGACGGGACGUUGCAGGAGGUUAUUACUGGAGUUCUUCGGAGAGCAGAUGAGGCCACCUUCAGUAAGAUCCCCAUCGGCUUCAUCCCGCUGGGGCAGACCAGCAGCUUGAGCCCGACCCUCUUCGCCGAGAGUGGAAACAGAGUCCAACGUAUUACCGACGCCACACUUGCCAUUGUGCGAGGCGAGACGGUCCCACUCGAUGUCUUGCAGAUCAAGGGCGAGAAGGAGCAGCCCGUGUUUGCGAUGACCGGCCUCCGGUGGGGGUCCUUCCGAGAUGCCGGCGUCCAAGUUAGCAAGUACUGGUACCUCGGGCCUCUGAAAACCAAAGCGGCUCACUUCUUCAGCACUUUGCAGGAGUGGCCUCAGACGCAUCAAGCCUCCCUCUCGUACACGGGACCUAAAGCCAGACCUCCCAGCGUCGCCGACGAGACCCCCCCGCGGCCCUCUCUGUACCGGAGGAUCCUGCGCAGGCUCGUGUCGUACUGGGCACAGCCGCAGGACGCCCUCUCCCAGGAGGCGAGCCCCGAGGUCUGGAGGGACGUGCAGCUGUCCACCAUCGAGCUGUCCAUCACGACACGGAACAGCCAGCUCGACCCGACCAGCACAGAAGACUUUAUGAACAUCUGCAUCGAACCCGACAACGUCAGCAAAGGAGACUUCAUAAGUAUAGGAAGCAAAAAGGUGCGAGACCCCAAGCUGCGUGCCGAGGGCACCGAGUGUCUCCAAGCCAGCCAGUGCGCCCUGCUGCUGCCCGAGGGCACGGGGGGCUCCUUCAGCAUCGACAGUGAGGAGUACGAGGCGAUGCCCGUGGAGGUGAAGCUGCUGCCCCGGAAGCUGCAGUUCUUCUGUGACCCUAGGAAGAGAGAGCAGCUGACGCCAAGCUCAGCUGAGUGAGCGCCCAGGGAGGGGCACCCGAGACCGUGCUCGAGGCCACCGUGGGACCAAAGGGAACAGACCGGACGCCUCACCCGUCCCCACAGGGCACCUGCUUCCCCUUCGCGCAUGCUCUGACUUCCGUGAAGCAGCUGCUCCUGCUCAGGCUAGUUCAAGGGCGUUCUCUCACUCAGCGGAUGGGGACGGGCUAGACCUCAUUGUCUCCCGCACAGGCAGCCGCUGGGGCACGCGGGACCCUAGCCUCGCUCCUCCAUCCCUGUCUGUCCCGUGGCCCCCGAGAACUUCCUGCCACCUUGUCCGGCUCCGGGCUUCCCCACGGGUGCUGCUGCUGCUUGGUGAGCUCUGAGUCUUUCUUAGCUUGUUUCCGUUCCAGCCUCAGUCCAAACAAAAGUGUGGGUGAGGUGUUUCCCUCUUCAGCCGUGGCUGAAAUUCUGUCAACUCCUAGUUUGUUCAAGCAGUGGUUCUUAAAUGUUGGUUUGCGUGCUGAACCAUCCAGGGUGUCUGUUGAGAACCGAGGGACUUGGGGUCCAACCCAAACCUAAAUAACUGAGUCCAGGUGGAGCCCAGCAACCUUUGUCUUCCCUGCAAAGCAGCUGUGCUCCCUAGGCAACUGCUGCGGGCCCCGCCUCACCGGAUGGCGGGGGCGAUAGGGGGGUUACCUAGGAAUCUUCUGGAAACUGCGCACCCCGUCACGCUUUAAGGCCGGCGUCCGAAACCUGUCGAGGGAGUCAGCGCUGUCCAAGCACGUGCGUCCUGCUGUCCUGUAAAUACUGGUAUUUUAAAAUAAAAACUGAUUCACUCUUUUAAACACACUCAGUGUAAUUUAAAUACACAGCAGUUUGACAUCACCCAUGUACCAAAAAAUAAACACAUUCUUCAGUAGUUGAAAAUUUUAAA